AUGUCCAACGUCAGACGCUCUAUGAUCGCUGCCUUCGGGUUCUCUUCCCCAUUGGCUAAGGUUAAUCGUGCUUCUUUGACUACCUCUGCCUCUCUGGAAUGCUCCGAGAUGCCUAUGUCCGACUCUUGGCACGCAUUCCUCAACAAGAAGACCGGCUCCCAGCGCGACUCUAAGGCUCAGCUCCUUGACUCUGUUUUGGCUGCGUGCCAGGCCGACGCGGCGAUCUUUGCGCGCAAGAACACCGCGAACCGUUCGUCUGUGCAUAUCGUCGACUCCUCCUCCAUCAAGUCUCUCGCCGCCAGCAUUGAGCAAGGCUCGCUUGCUACCUCCUUCCUGGAUUCGUCUUCCUCCAUUUCGUCUCUGGCGUCGGCUAUGACCUGCCCCGGAACGCCUAUGCUAGCUGCCUCCGAGUUUUCCUCGUUGACUGCCUCCGCCUCCCUAGAAGUCUCUGAGAUGCCCAUGUCCGACUCCUGGCACGCUUGGCUCAAUAAGACCGCGGCGGCUCGUUCGGCGACUUGCCCCGGAGCGCCUGGGCUCGCUACCUCCGAAAUGCCCACCUCCUCGUCGAUGGGCGAUUGCGCCUCUCUGACGCCCUCUAGCUCUCUGCAAGUCUCCGAGAUGCGGAUGUCCGACUCUUGGUGCGCGUUCCUCAGCGCAAAAACUAGCUAUAAGCGCCAGUCUCAGGCUUCGCUCGUCGGUCUCGGGAUCCGCUCGUCCAUCGCGUCCUCUGCCUCCCUGGAGGUCUCCGAGAUGGCAAUGUCCGACUUCUGGCACGCUUGGCUCACCAAGAAGAGUAAGAAGAUUGCUCCCGUCUACACGGCGACCUGCCCUGCAACCCCUAAGCUCGCUGCCUCUGGGUUCCCUGGUUCCCCGUCUUCUUCCUCCAUGGAAGUAUCCGAGGUAUCGAUGUCCGACACUUGGUACGCGUUCUUCGGCAAGAAGACUGGCUACACGCGCCCUUCCCAGGCUCCUCUCGCCGGUCUCGGAAUCCGUUCGCUCAUUUCCAUUGUCGAUUCGACCUCCACCUCGUCGGAGGAGUCCUUCGCGGCCAGCUCAGACGCGUCUUCUAUCCUGUCCCAGGAGGACGCCUCGAUCUUCGAAGAGUCGCCAUCCACUGCUGAGGAUUCGCCUGCCACCUCUUUCGAGGAGUCGCCUCUCUGCCAUUCGGCGUCCGGGUCCUCGAUCUCUUGGACCCCCGCGACGUCUCCUGUCAUCCUUCCGGAGGCCGUUCCGACGAAUCUCGCCGCCUCGUUCGGGCCGCGCUCUGAGCGGGGCCUCCGCAGAGUUGGCCACAUCCGCCACGCGAAGGAGUACGCCGAACGCAAGGAUCGCGGCGCUGUCCGUACCGGAGGCUACGCGCGCGGGCUCCUGAACAAGCUCUUCUCGGCUCGUACGGUCCGGUGCUAG